UGAUUAUUAUGGUCUGUCCAAAAUGUCACUGCGCAGGAGUUGUUUUCAGGUCGCACAUGUAGUAGUAAAUACAAGCUUCGAAACAUAACCAUAAAGACGCAAUACACAAUACACAGUAGUUUAUAUAGGCUCUCGCUUGAAGUGAAAUGAUUUCAUUUACUACCAGUGUUGUUUGUUUAUUUUUGCGUUCAGUUUCACGAAGUUUAAAUCUGUCAUAUUGCAAGAGACAGUGCAUCCGAAUGACAACACGUCUGUACGCUGUGGACGCUGUAAAAGCUGAUCAGAGGAAACAGAAAAGGCUAGAGAAGCGCUUUGAGAGAAAGCUGCGUUCAGUUUAUAGACAGUUUGCUGAUGUGCCUGACAGCACUGUGUUCCAGGGACUCCAUCAUGUGUAUACUGUGGAAGCACACGGAGUAUACAGAUCAGCACGUGGAGAAGAUGAGGAGCACAUUGUGCCAGUGCUCAGUGCUGACUGGGCAGGUGAUGUGGGAGGGACUUUUCAGAGGGUCAGACUCUCUCCUUCUGAGUCCAUGCUGGCUGCAGCACUGAAGAGCAACCACAGUGAAGUGGCUAGAUGCAUGCUAGUUCGAUUGGAACCCUGUGCUAUUCCCCAGGAGCCCAUGCUCAUCCUUGACAACGUCUUCAGCUUUGAGUGGGCCACUGAUGACGUACUGUACUACACCAGUCAAGAAGGGCUCCGGUGCAGACAUGUUUUUCGACUUCACCUUACAAACACUGGCUUCCACAGUAUGCUGGUUUAUGAAGAAAAGGAUCCCGAGUUCUUUGUGGAGGUCAUUCAGUCAAGAGAUCAGAGGCUUCUGACUAUAAACUGCAGCAGUAAGUGCAGCUCUGAGGUCUGGAUGAUUGACAGCAGGUCUCCUCUCUCGCCCCCUAAACUAGUACAGCGACGGCAGCCUGGUUUACUGUACCAUGUAGAGCACUCUGACAACCAGCUGUACGUCCUCGCCAACACUGGCCCAGGCCACGAGUACGAAUUGCUGAGGACCUCUCUCUCCUCUCCAGCCAUGUGCUAUUGGGAGCCUGUGUACAGCCCUGGACCUGGAGCAGUCAUUAAAGACAUGGAUAUGUUACCAGAUCACUGUGUGUUCACAUUGAGGGGGCCUCAGGGUCGACUCCAUCUGCAGACCUUUCCAUUAAAGUCUCCUAAUGAUGUGACCAUUCACCAUCUCCCGUCCUGGAGCUUUGAUGUAGAGGCAGAACGUUCUGACACACUGAAGAGAAAUGUAUUCCACUUCCUUCUGUCAUCCCCGGUUCAUCCCCCUGCCCGCUACCUCUUAUCUCCUACGGAUGAGCGACCCAUCUCCUGCAACGGAGUGCGUCAACACACCGCCCUCGCUGAGUGUCACACCACUCACCUGCAGGCCAUCAGCCAGGAUGGGACUGCGGUGCCUUUGACACUUUUUCACACAAAAUCAUUGGCUGAUCUGAAUGAUGUUCCACUCUUGCUCCAUGUAUACGGUGCUUACGGCCUGGACCUCAACAUGGCCUUCAGUCCUGAGAAAAGGCUGCUGCUGGAGGACAACUGGGCUUUGGCCUACUGCCAUGUCAGGGGUGGUGGUGAGUGUGGUCUGGCCUGGCACCGAGCAGGGUGUUUGCAGCACAAGCAGAAUGGAGUAGAGGAUCUCACUGCCUGUAUUCAGACUCUCUUCCAGUCAGGAGUGUCCCAGCCUGCACUAACUGCCCUCACGGCGCGCAGUGCAGGAGCUGUACUAGCGGGUGCACUGUGCAACCAACAUCCUCACCUCCUCAGAGCCGUCCUCUUGCAGGCACCGUUUUUGGAUGUUCUUAGCACCAUGCAGGACUCAUCCCUGCCGUUAACAAUAGAGGAGAGAGGGGAGUGGGGUGACCCGCUUGCAUAUACCCGGGACUGGGACAACAUUGCCUCUUACUGUCCCUGUCAUAAUAUUACUCCUCAGCUCUAUCCAUCCAUGCUGAUCACUGCAUACUCUGAGGACAGCAGAGUGCCUUUGGCAGGUGUCUUAAAGUAUGUGGAAAAGCUCAAAAAGGCCAUCCAGACCCAUACCAGCAACCUCAGUGUUAAAGAACAUGUCCCAGCUGUCAUUCUGGAUCUUCAGCCAGGUGGAGAUCACUUUGGUCCAGAGGAUUAUGACCAGUCCAUGUGUGAGAUUGCUCGACAGUUAGCGUUCCUCUACACGACGCUGGGACUGGGUGUCCAUGGAAAAGUGGAAAUGAAUCAUGAGGAAAACUCAAUGAAAUCUGAUAUUAUCCUGAACUCUGAGCUAGUAUAAUCACGAAUAAAGUAUGUGAAUUAUUUUAACAAAUGCACUUCUAGUGAAUAUAUGUGCAUUUUUAUUUAACAUGUAAAAGUUCUUUAGGAAAAUACAAAUGAGAUGGCAGCAGUUGAGCUUCGCGG